AUGGCCUCUUGCGGGCCGGCCGCCGAGGAAGGCGGCUCACCAAGCCUUCCCCGGGACGCUUCGUCGGACCACCGACUUUUUCGAUCGUUUUUGGAGUCAGGAUUUGUCGUGCCUAGCACUGGGCGAGCCUGUUCUGUCUCGCUUGCGGCGAGGACGGCGAAGAGUGCUGUCUCCGGCGCUGUCUUGGGCACCCUGGCGUCAGCACAGGGUUUUGCACCCAUCCCCACGCAACCGUGCAUGCUGCAUGCGGAGUGCAAGGACGACAGCGGCCUGUUGACGCCUGUGAACGCUUCCGACAUUACCACGCCUUCCUCGUGCUCGACUUCCUGCACGACAAGUCCAGACGCCUCCCCGUCUGCGGCAACCUCCUCGGGGGGAACCAAUGGCAGUGCCUUCACUGCUGCGGCCAUCAACUGCGCCGCUGCAGCGGCAGCAGCCCCAACAGAUUCUUCUGUCAGCAGUCCGUCUCGCAUCGACCGCUCUGUACCUCUCGGAGUCGGCCCAGCUGAUGGCUCAACGAGGGACGGCCUCGCGGCCUUCCUUUCCCAAAAGGAGCAGUGGUUCCAACUUCUCGUCAGAAACGCUGGGCGCGUGUCGAAUCGUCUGGAUCGUGCGGCAGUUUUGGGGGACUUGAAGGGCGAGGUCGACCAGCCCCGCGGUUCGGACAGCGGCGUGCCUAUCCCGAGCAAAGAGACAGUCGACGCGUUCUCGGCCUUCGGGCCUCUCGGCGUUCAGGGGACUCUGCUUCCCCGCGGGGUAGCCGGCGGAUGUCCUCCUGGUGCAAAGGCAGAUCCCAGUGCUGGAGCAGGGGGUGAGGGCGACGCUCUCGGGGCCGGAGUCCGGCCGAACGCGGCAACCGAGCUAGCCGCCCUCUCCAGUUUCCUGCAGACCCAGACGGGCGGUCUGGCGGCGGCGGACGAGAAGCGCCGGGAAGAAGCUGCGAUGUUGCUUCUUUUCCAGCAGCUUCAAAAGCAGCAGCUAGCGAGACAGACUCUUCCCAGCGCUGGAGCCCAAACGAGCACUGCGGCCUGGACACCUCACUUUGCCGCUCUCCCGCGUGGUGCGGUUCCGCAGCCACAACACCCCGCCCUUCUGCCGUACGGUCAACCUGCGACAGAACCCACAAAGGCAACGCCCAGUGUACGGACAGACGCCCCUCUCAUUGUCCAAGCUGCAGCUGCGCUCGAUGCGUCCACCCCCGCCACAGGGCGAGUCUGCCAAGCGGGGCAGGUGAAGCGAGCGGGCGCAGGAAUCGGCAGAGGACUGGGAAGGACGGCGAGUGAAGCUGUCGCUGGGGCUCCGCGGAAUUCGCAAGAGAAAGGCCAGGCUGGUGCGGGCGAGAAACCGAGGACGGUGUUUAUUGGGAACAACAAAGCGUCUUACCAUCCUGACAAACAAGAGUGGAGAACACGGUACUACCAGGAUGGGCGGCGGUGCAUGCGGACGUAUUCCGCGAAAUACUAUGGCUACGACAAGGCAAAGUGUCUUGCAGAGUGUUUCAUUCGUUUUGUCCAGACCUACGGUGCACUUCCUAGCCAACAAACGCUUCUGCUCGCAGCCGAGCGUCUCCAGCAGCAGCAGGCAUUGGCGCAGUCUGGCGACAAAGCUGCGGGAGGUGACUCAUGUGUCGGCGGGGCCUCCGCCAAGCCGUCUGCAGAGACCCUACCCGUGUCUGGGUCGCGACAAGCUGGAGGAGACGGCGCUGCCGCCGCGUCCGUCUCUGGGCGGCUUCCUGCCCAGGAGCAGCCUACGCCGGCACCAGUGUCGAGUUUCCCCUUUGCACCCGCCCUUCCUCAGGCGCCGUGUCCCCUAGCUUCACAGUCGUCGCUUCCCAUUCCCGCGGGUACGCAAACUCCGGGGACUGCGGCGGCCGUGCGCCCGUCGCGCGCCUCGCCGCAUGGCCUCGUUCCGGGAAGACGCAAACCUGCUCGUGACGUGAAGGGCUGUGCUGUAGCCGUGGCGGCGCACGGGAAAGUGGACGAGACGCGUGUGUCGCGGCGCGCGGGAGUCAAGCGAAGGCGAGACAGCGCCGGCGGGGCUGCAGACGAAUCGGCCGCGGCGCUCUUCGCGUCACAGCUGGGUCCCCUUGGCGGUGAUGGCCGCGCCCCCAAGCUGGUCGCACAGAGCCGAAGCCCGAGACGUCUCGACUCAGUCGACGCGAGACUGCAAGACGAAGGAUUAGCCUUGACAAGCAGUGAUGCGCGGUACCCCGAGUCCAUCGCGAAGGCUGUCGGCCCCGCCUGCGUCGAGGCGAGUGCGCUUGGCAGCGGCCGUCGCGGGUCUCACGACGACGCAUUCCCAUCUCCCGUGGCUGAAAUGCAGAGAAGGCUUCCCUGGAGUCUCCUCCGCACGUUUUUUCCUGCUGUCGCUUCCCCGUCGGCCAACCCUUCCGGCGCGUCUUUGCAGGCCGGGGACGGUGUGAGUGCGCCAGCAGCGGCCCCGGAUCACCUUGAGCUUUCGCGCGCCUCCACUCCUAGGUCUUCGUCCGUGUCGCCUGCCUCUCUUGCGAACGCGCUUGCAGCGGCUGCGGGCUCGAAAGGUGGAAAGACAGUGAAGUUUAGUGAGAGCGAAGACGGCGGCCAAUCACCUCGGGAGCGGAAAACUGGCGGAGAUCUGGAGGCGGCGACUGCCGAGGCUGGGAGGGAAUCUCGAGGCGUGAAACGGGCUGGCAAAAGAUCAGACGGAAGACCGGCCGCGAGUAGCGCGCAUGGUCCACAUGUGGCUGCGGGGAAAGCGGCGCGGAGUGACUCGAAAGCAAAUUUGAAGAGCCCUCAGGAAACGGCGUGUGGCAAGGCGCCCUACGCGCUCGAGGUCCCAGAAGAUGGGGGCAUAGCGGAGGGCGCGGAAGUUGGGCUUUUCUCGAAAACUGCAGACGUGUCGACGGUCGAGUCCGCGCUGGACGAAGACAGGACGGCGUCUCUCUUGCAGGCCUUCUUUGACGGUUGCGUUUCGGAAUCGCUCUUGGGCGGCGUGCCUCUGGGACACAGUGCAGCUGCGAAUGAUUUUGAGCAAGACGAGUCGCGCGCGAAAACUCACAGCGCGUGUGACGCCCAGGGGAACCACGGCGGGAAUGCGGGCGAGCGGCAGUCGACUCUCAGUUCCUUGAUAGAGCCAGAUGCAACGUCUUCUGCGUCAUCCCUCCAUCUGGUUUCGACAGCUGGGUCAUGCGUACCUGCCGCUUCGACUUCGUCGCUUCUGGUCCCUGUUUCUGGCGAAACGACCUUUACGCAGGAAGCGCGCGAGACCGCACAGCUCCUCCGCGACGUCCUUUCCCGCACCGACUUCCAACCGACGGCUUUGGGCCACGCGAGCACCGAUGCGGCUAGCCGCAGCGCCUUUUUUGGCUUGAUCGGUGCCGUCCCCCAAGACCUGCAUGCAAUGGUCUCGGUCAGUCGGGAACUUCAAGGGCAGUCUCAGGACAACUUUGCUCUUCCUGGCUCGCUGGCCAGGCAAGGCCUCCACGACCACGCACACCUGUGGGGCGCUUUCGGAGCGUUCGGAAACUCCGCCGAGGCAGCCGAGCGCGCAGCAGGUGGAAGCGUGUGUACCGGCAGAAGUGACGCACUUCCGUCUUCUCUGGGAAACCGACUGGAGGGUAGGGACUGUGGGGAUCAGCCUGCGGCUGCUGGAACCGUGCAGAACCUCGCGAGUUGGUAUGGCAUUGAAUCCCUGUUCAGAUCUCUGGGCGUCGGAGCAGGGGAUGGCCUAGACGCGCAGAAGGUAGCGCACUUGCUCCAGGAAGGAGAGAAGCUUGUUGACUUGCACGAUGCGAGUCUGAGGACAGUGUCGACUCUCCCCGGCGCACUGCUGGACGCCCUCUCUGACUUUUUCUCGGUUCAUCGUCUGAGCGAGGCGGACGCCGAGAACGCGGAUCGCCAGGCGUCGGAGACGCAGCAGAGGCAGGUGGCCAGCGCUGUCUCUCCCACGGCAGACGGCGCGUCUGAGCCAGGUGGGGAAGUCGGCGAGAGUGCGUUGCACGCACGCGGGAGCGAGGCUGUGCCUGACGCGUUGGCGGCGCGAGACAACCGGCCGAAACGAGACUUCCCGCUGACGCUGUCUUGCGCCGAGGCCGUCGGCGGUCGCUUGAUGAACUCGCACGUGGCGUCGCUGACCCGGAUCGCGUGCGCCACUGAGGCCCCGCUUUUCUCUGCCUUCAGCUCGGCUUUGGCAGCUCUUAACGCGCCGCUGCAGCGGCCGUUGGACAGUGGCUCCGCGGACGUCGUCGCGCGCCGUGCUGCGAACGGUUCCCCAGCCGCGCUGGCUUCGCCUUCAUCGGCCCGCACUUUGUCUCAGGCCCUCGCGGCCAUCCACACCCUCUCGCUACGGACGUUGCGCGCAGCGACGGAAGCGGCGCAAGCUGCCGUCGCCGCAGCCCGAGCCGAGCAAGAAGCAUCUACGCAAGGUCUCGAGAGAAGCGCGGAGCGAGAAGACGCCCGUGAGGCGCGUCUCAGCAGUGGCGCAGGAGCGGCGGGGCCCGAGGGAUCCGUGCCUAGCCAGUCGAGUGGGGCGGGGAGCGUUGCGCCUCCCGGUCUGGGCGAGUCCGACGAUGGGAGUUGCAGCACAAGCGAUAGCAGCAGCCGUUUGAACGAUUCAGUUCUGCUUUCGGGGAAUCCUUUGCCUGCUGCGUCGAGAGACUCUCAGUCUGUUUGCGUGGACAAACUGGACGACAGCAGUCCCCGUUCGGACGCGGAGAGGAGGACGGAUGUCCCGGUUUCUCCCACGAAUUCCCAGGGCGCAGCGUCGCAUCUUGCGUCGGAGAAAAGCGACUCCGAGGGACGGAAUGGCGCGUCUCUUGGACCCGCAGAAGACGCGCAGCGUCGCGCGGCCUUGGUGGCGCAUCUUCGGCGCAUGCGGCACGAGAAGGAGGGUCUGGCGAAACACCUGCUCGAGAAGUUCUGGGCGCUCCGCAAGCUUCAGGACCAGGUGAAGGAGCGCGUCCGCAGAGACGCCGACCAGCUGAGGGCGCGAGAACGUCAUGAGGCGACGACACGGGUGGGCACGUGUGCGGCGCUGGCGCAGCAGCUUUUCAGGGACAACGUUGAACUUUUUUCGAUGAUUCUGAGUGGCGUGGACGCCCAGCGAAAGGCGUGUCGAGUGCAGCAAGGUCAGGGCGACGUCUGCCGUCGUGCUGGCUCUGAAGAGCGCAGCAGGGGAAACGAAGAACUCCUGAGCCUCAAGAAUGGUUCGGGACUGGCUACGCCCCCCGCCGGACAAGACGCGGCGAGCAGGGACGCGCAGGGGUGGUGCCCGGCGGACGAGGCUGCUGCGAGAGCGUCUCGACUUCCAGGGACUGGACAGGAGGACUUGUCUCGCGUCCGUCCUGUCUCUGGUAUCUCUGCAAGUACUCUUCAAAGGGAAGAAUCUCAGACAACUGACGUCCUCAGGGGAGAGGUGAAUCGCGCGACCCUGUCACUUUGCUCCCGCGAAGCCUCCGCAGGGGUUUGUGCAUCUCACGUGGGGCCCUCGCCGGGUUCCUCUGAGACGCUGCCAACAUCCGAGCAGUCUGGGGAGUCAAGAGACGGCGAGGCCGCCAAGACAGGGACAGUUCCGGAGUCACGACCUGGCUUCGGUACACAACGGGAAGGCGCCUCUGACGAGGGGGAGGACGCGAAGGAGCUGUGUUUGCGCGAGGCUCUCCAGUGUCUCCAGGAUCUUUGUGGGGGACUCCGGUCGCGACAGGACGCGGUUGCAGCGUUUGCAAACACGUGCCACUCACUUUUCGCGCUUCAGCGACAAAUGCUGCAUCAGCAGUACGCCGCAUUGGUGGAACGCGACGUGGAGGUCGAGCCCGAGUGGCAGAGCGAGUCGAGCGGUCGCCAAGCAUUUGCCGAGGAAACUAACGAGCGGACUCCGAGUGCGCGUGGCGAGCUCGGAGAAGCUAGACUCCCGACUGACCGCGCGGAGGGUGAACGGGCAGGCAAGGGAUCGAAAACGGAGUCGCCGCUCGACGCAAAGAGUGGGCGUGAGGAUACCGUAGCUCGUGAAGCUGACGCGUCUCCCAGAGAGGGCGUUUCGACUUCGGGAGAAAGUGGACAGAAGUUCGCAGACUGGCUAGACGAUUCAGCCGAAAGUGCGGAACCAUCCUUGGGGGUGGCGUCUGCCGACAGCGCACCGACUCUGUCUUCAAUGGACACACACUCUGGCGUCGGGGGACAGCAUGCAGGCACAAGUGAAGACGAAAUGAAGAGGCACGGCUCCGACGUGGGAUUGUCGUCCGCGAGGCGGGUAAGCGUCUCGCUUCUUCGGUGCUCUUCUGAUGAAACGCCCAGCGCGGUGGCAGAUCGGACUGACGUCGAACCGCUUGCAGGUUCCCGUGUCCCUCCAGCGGCGAUGGGCUGUAAGAUCUUUUCGUCAGCAGAGAGCGUGACCAAGGACGGCCAAGGCAGCGAAAAAACAGACUGUGCUGCAUGCGGCCCUCAACCGGUUUCGGUCCCUUCCGAAGCGUUGUCUUCCGGUGGGUUCCCAGAGCCGCGGAUCGCGCUCGAGGCGAGUCCAGCAGCCGCCGUAGGGCUCCAUGAGUUGCUUCAGGGUGCGCGCGCUUGGCCCUCAACAGAGAACAAGUGGAUCCUCCUCCAAAGCCUGCCGUGUCUGGCUUCGACCGAUUCGCUGUCUCAGAGCGUUGCACACACCAUGUGUAGAGAAGGGAAGCGCCUCGUGGAAGACGAGACUGCGAAGGGCCGCAUCUUGAGUAAACUUGCACUGAGUCGGUCGGCAAGCAUGACCGCGGCUGGGAAAGAGGAAUGUGCGAGCAAAGAGACAGCGGCGUUCCUGCUGAGUUUACAGACAGAAAACGUCCCGUCGAUGCCCGAAAUCAGCACGUUUUUGCACCUGAAAGGGAAUGGCCCGCCUUCUCAGGGUCUCGGAGAAAGUGUUUCUGACGUUUGA